AUUGUAAACCGAAAAUUUGUGCUAGCAAGUGAUAGAAGACAGAGGAGGGAGAGGAGAAAAAGCGUGUGUGUGCACAUGGUCCUUUUCUCCUUUUUAAUCUCGUUCUUCCUUGGGCGUGUGGCCUACCUAUUUCUAUCAGAAAUUGUGAAAUAAACCUGAACUCAAGGGAACCACAGCCGGACACGUCGUCCAACACAGGAUAGGUAGGGGAGGGGCGGCCGCCGGAGGAGGAGGAGGGUAGAAGAGUAAAGACAAGAAAGAUGAAGUUUAGAGGAAGAGAGGUAUGGGGAAAAACGGUACUACGAUAUGGGGGAAGAGGAGGAAAGAGAGAGAGAGGGGGGGGGGGGGGGGGAGGGGAGGAGGAGGAGGUAGAGGGGAAGAACAGUAGGAGAAGGCAGGAUGGAAUUGAAGCCUUGAAUGGGCAAUUGGAGAGCGCGAGAGUGGUUCAGCACCUUGCGGUACUAGUAAUAAUUUUGGAAUCCCGGCCCCGAGAUAGGGCGGUUGUGCACACUGUUGAACCGGCUGGGCGGAGGAAGAGAUCCGCCGGCGUGGGCUGGUUGAAUAGGAACUGGCCGAAUUCGGUAUGGUGGGUGGCCGCACCUCCCCAAAACUCUGAAAUGGUUGGGCUGGACCUGAAGACGCGGUGACAAUACCUGACCACUAUUUUCUGCUCAUUCCUGU